AUGAACCACAAAAGUAAGAAGAGAAUCAAAGAGGCGAAGCGGAGUGCCCGACCCGAGCUGAAGGACUCAACCGACUGGAUAAAACAUGACUACUACGAGACGUUUGAUCUCGCCCACCGGACAGUGAAGGAUAACGUGGAGCGAGCAGAUGCGCUCCGCCUCAGCCCCGAUGAGUUCAUCCAGCGCUACGAGCGCCCCUACAAGCCCGUGGUCCUGCUCAACUGCCAGGAGAGCUGGCCCGGCAAGGAGAAGUGGACCAUGGAGCGCCUCAAGAGGAAGUUCCGCAACCAGAAGUUCAAGUGCGGAGAGGACAACGAGGGCUACUCGGUGAAGAUGAAGAUGAAGUACUACAUCGAGUACCUGGAGACGACGCGCGACGACAGCCCGCUCUACAUCUUCGACAGCAGCUACGGCGAGCACGCCAAGCGGCGCAAGCUCCUCGAGGACUACCAGGUGCCCGUCUUCUUCUGGGACGACCUGUUCCAGUUCGCCGGCGAGAAGAGGCGACCCCCCUACAGGUGGUUCGUGAUGGGUCCAGGGCGCUCGGGGACGGGCAUCCAUAUCGACCCGCUGGGCACGAGUGCGUGGAACGCCCUGGUACAGGGGCACAAGCGCUGGUGUCUGUUCCCUACCAACACUCCCAGAGAACUCAUCAAGGUGACGCGUGAGGAGGGCGGUGCCCAGCAGGACGAGGCCAUCACCUGGUUCAGUGUGAUCUACCCCCGUACUCAAGCCCCCUCCUGGCCCGCAGAGUUCCGCCCGCUAGAGAUCCUGCAGAGGCCCGGAGAGACCGUCUUCGUACCAGGAGGCUGGUGGCAUGUGGUGUUGAACAUGGACACCACCAUCGCAGUGACUCAGAACUUUGCCAGCACCACAAACUUCCCCAUCGUCUGGCACAAGACCGUCCGGGGGCGACCCAAACUCUCACGCAAGUGGUACCGCGUUCUGAAGCAGGAGAGGCCUGACCUGGCAGUGAUGGCUGAUAAGGUGGAUCUCCAGGAGUCUACAGGCAUCGCCUCAGACAGCUCGAGUGACUCUUCAUCAUCGUCAUCCUCCAGCUCCUCAGACUCAGACUCAGAGGAGUCGGGCUCUGAGGGCGACCCCAUGUCUCACCGCAGGAAGAAGCGGCGCACCUGCGGCAUGCUGGGUAACGGGGACAUCUCCUCGAAGGACGACUGCGUGAGCAAAGAGCGCAGCUCGUCACGGUGACACGCCCACCCCUGGGGCCACACGCCCACCCCUGGGGCCACACCCCCACCCCUGGGGCCACACCCCUUUGCUUUCCCAUUCUGUCUUCAAGGCUUGUCUCUCUUUCCCUCUCUCUCUCUCUCUUUCUCAUCU